GCAGGGAUCGUAGUCCGUAACUAGACGUAGUACAUCGUAGCCUACCCUUGUACUGAAAGAAACCCGUUCAGAUUGCGCCGGAUGACAACAUAUUCUUAAUCUGGAUUUCUGCAGCGUUUUAACGUUUAUUUCAAAGCGAGCCAUCGCCUUUUCUCAAGAUGCUAUCAAUUAUUUUUUUAUUCAAUAGAGAGACAAAGCCUGCGUGAGUGGUAGGCUACGCGGCUUUCUCUACACGGUAAAAUUGUGUGGGUGUCUUCGCCGAUUGUCGCCCUACACAUGUUUUUUUUUUUACCUCUAUGUAAUGAUUAGGCCUAAAUAAUAUGCAUGUAAAAAGGAAAAUCUCUACCAGACUCGAACAUAGUCUUUGACAACUUGGUGGCAAGAUAUUAGGAUCCGAAGGGGGGCUUUUGAAUGACUGAAAAAAACAGCACAAUUUUUACCACAGCAGCGGUUAAUUUUGGACACCGUUUGAGGAUCAUUCGUUUGUGGUAAGAUGCUGGCUUCCUUGGUCCAGCUUGGAGAACCUACACUUGAGGCAUGUUUGGUGAGAAAGCUCUUGUGACAAUGCCUGCUCACCCGGGGGAAGAAUGGUCUACUCCACUAUCAUUCACCCUGUGGAGGCCAGGGAGACCAACACUAGCCUCUGCUGCUGGGUCUCAGUGGGGCUGCUGAACCUCUCAGAGAAGCUGCUCCAGGGCCAGCAGCAGGACAUGGAGAACGCCUCAGUGGGCUCUGGAGCCCCUGUGCAGCCGGUCACCCCCACCACCGAGGCCCUGGGGAGAGUGCAGGGUGUGAGCCUGCCUCUCCAGGUCUUCUUCUGCACCGUCAUCGUCUCCAUCCUGCUGGUGGCCCUGCUGGGAAACGUGGUGGUCUGCCUGAUGGUCUACCAGCGCUCCGCCAUGCGCUCCGCCAUCAACAUCCUGUUGGCCAGUUUGGCCUUCGCUGACAUGAUGCUGGCCAUCCUCAACAUGCCCUUCGCCCUGGUCACAGUGAUCACCACGCGUUGGAUCUUCGGGGAUGUCUUCUGCAGGGUGUCUGCCAUGUUCUUCUGGCUCUUCGUCAUGGAGGGUGUGGCUAUACUGCUUAUAAUAAGUAUAGACCGGUUCCUUAUAAUCGUCCAGAAACAAGACAAGCUGAGCCCUCACAGGGCUAAGGUGCUCAUAGUGAUUACCUGGGCCCUCUCUCUCUGUUUUUCCUUCCCCCUGGCCAUCGGCCAUCCGUCCCUUCAGAUACCAUCCAGGGCCCCUCAGUGCGUGUUUGGCUACACUAGUCAUCCAGGGUACCACGCCUAUGUGCUGGUCCUGAUGCUGGUCUUCUUUUUCAUCCCCUUCAUGGUCAUGCUAUACACCUUCAUGGGGAUCCUAAACACUAUCCGCCACAACGCGAUCCGCAUCCACAGCCACCCAGACAGCAUCUGCCUGAGUCAGGCCAGCAAGUUAGGCCUGAUGAGCCUGCAGAGGCCCUUCCAGAUGAAGAUAGAUAUGAGCUUUAAGACGCGUGCCUUCACCACCAUCCUCAUCCUGUUCUCUGUGUUUACGGCGUGCUGGGCUCCGUUCGCGGCGUACAGCCUGGUGUCGACCUUCAGCAGAGGCUUCUACCUGAAGGACAGCUUCUUUGAAAUUAGCACGUGGCUCCUUUGGUUGUGCUACCUCAAGUCGGCCCUCAACCCUCUUAUAUACUACUGGCGGAUUAAGAAGUUCCGUGUCGCCUGCCUUGAUCUGAUGCCCAAGUACUUUAAGUUUCUUCCUCAGCUACCAGGGCACACUAAGCGAAGGAUCCGGCCCAGCGCUGUGUACGUCUGUGGGGAGCACCGCUCCGUGGUUUAACACUGGACUAGGAAGACAUACAUUUCACUGCCAAUUUUUUUAAUAAUUUGACUGUUUUCUUCUUCCCCCCCCCCAUCUACUCUCGCUCGCCUUUCAAAUCAAGAUGAGUUGUGAUAUUGCUGUUUGACUACAACAGUACAGUUUUGCUGUGUAGAAUUUGUUUACAAAGCAUGUCAAUUAACUGCUUAAGUGGUUUUGAAUAUUGUCAUAUUCAGACAGCCAGUGUACAUUUUGUCAUUGGUAUUUCGAUUUAAAUGUUUUGUAUGUGCCUAUUAAUUAGUCUAUGCCAGUCAGAAUGCUGCUAUAUCUGGUGAAAAACGUGCAAUUUCAGUGUACUGUACUUAACUUGAAUGUAAUAAAAAGUAGA